AGUUUCUCUUACACGUCUUCUAUGGACGAAUAACAUAAUUUUAAUGUGUUUUUUGUUAGACGCGAUUUAAUGCAAUCGACGUAUAGUUAUAUUGUUUUGGUCCGUCAAUUACAUCACUCCGAGUAAAACGAUUCUUACGCAGUCUCCCAUAUUUUCACGCUUAAUGUAUUUUUAAAGACUUUAAUGAGCAUCUGCCACCAGUAAGAUUUCAUUUAAAAAUAUUACUAUGGUAAUUUUAUUUUAUAAUACCAAUGUAGUGCUAUUUGGAAAUCUAAACUGUUGAAUUAAAAUUAUUGUUUUAUAUCGUUUGGUGCACGUUUUGUACGGACUUGUAACGGUCCUUGUAUGGUACGUCAAUUUUAUAUUUCCGUGUGAAACUGUCGCUAAAAGGGUUAUAGCUUUCGUGGUUUUAGCCGUUUUAACAAGUUUAGGGAUCAUGCAGCAUCACUUUUAUUUUUCUGAAGAUGUUAGUUUGUUUGUGUGCAUUUAAAUAUGCAUAUAAAUAUAAAUCCCUGUGACUGGCUGAAAUCUUAAAUCUGGUGCCUUAUAUUUUUAUGCCCAUACCACACGGACAUGUUUUGGAGAGGAACCGAAAAGCCCGGGCUCACGCAUACGCAUGGAGGACAAGAUGGGGACGUAUACGGGCGUCUGAAAGGGAUCAAACCACUUUGUCCGAUGUGGAGGAGAUUGCUUCUGAGGGGUCUCUCUCAGGUGGGGACCCCGAAGUUUCCCUCCCGAAGACAUUUUUCAUCCCUUCAUUUCCUGAUUCAUAGCAGAGGUCCUGGGGCUUUGUGGGGUUUCGCAAUACGGGACACUGGCUCCUUCUUGUCCAGGACGUACAAAAAAGACGCCAAAUUCACAGUGGACUUCCCAGUGAGCACCGUCACAGUCGCAGAUAUCAAACAGUACCUACGGUCCAAGGACGUCCAUUUCCACGAUGGCUUCAGCUGCCUGCACGUGCCCAGCAUCUUUGUUGCCGCCGCCUCCAGGGCUGAACGCUUCUCUCUGUUUGUGGACAAGACCACCGGGCAGUUCAUGUGCAUGGACACGCAGGUGGAAGGGAGCUGGGAGGACCUCCAGGACUGUUUGGAGGUGAUGCAGGCGGAGGAGCGAGAUUUCCUCAGCCCGGAAGUGCUCUUGGGCUACCCGGAGAGCGCUGAGGAGCUGGAGCAGAGCGAGAGGGAUGCCAGGGAGGUGGGGAGCAUCUGGUCCGCUUCGGUGCCCUUCUCGGAUCUGAUGGAGGAUGAGGUGACACUCAUCAAAACCAUGUUCCAGAUCACAAAGAUUUCCAAUGCAACAAUGAAGAGGUUUGGUGUUAGGCUGUUCAGGCCCACCAAGAGUCUGGUUUUCCCCUGGCUGGGUGGUCCCGAUUGCUCCUUAAAAGGGCUGAAGCUCCUCUCGGCGCAAAGCGAUGCCGAUGGCGCCAUCCGUUAUAACGAGGCGACAGUCCCCAAGUGCACCUCCUACAACAACCUGUUUGGCCUCCCUUUGCUGAGCCGCAUGGACGCCAAUGUGGUCCUCACAGGACACGAGCUGGACACGCUGGCUGUGAGCCAGGCUACGGGAUUGGCCAGCGUUGCCCUCCCGCGGGGUGUGGGCUGCCUGCCGCCCGCCCUGCUCCCUUACCUGGAGCAGUUCAAGCGCGUCACGCUGUGGCUGGGUGGCGACGUGCGCUCCUGGGAGGCCUCAAAGAUCUUCUCACGCAAGCUGGGCCUGCGCCGCUGCUGGCUGGUGCGACCUGGUGAGUUCCGGCCCUGUCCCGGGGAGGCCCUGGCACAGGGAAAGAACCUAAGCCGCAUCGUGGCGAGCGCGAUCCCUGCCGCGCACAAGUCCAUCGUGUCCUUCAAGCAGCUCCGCGACGACGUGUAUGGGGAGAUGGUGAAUACCGAGCAAGUGGCUGGUGUCAAAUGGGCACGUUUUCCUGAGCUCAACAGGAUCCUAAAAGGACACCGCAAGGGAGAACUCACGGUUUUUACAGGUCCCACGGGAAGCGGGAAGACCACCUUCAUCAGCGAGCUGGCCCUCGACCUCUGCAUGCAGGGCGUCAACACACUUUGGGGCAGCUUUGAGAUCAACAACGUGCGUCUGGCCAAGAUCAUGUUGACGCAGUUCGCCGUGCAGCGGCUGGAGGAUAACCUGGAGCAGUACGACUUCUGGGCGGACAAGUUUGAGGAACUGCCGCUCUAUUUCAUGACCUUCCACGGCCAGCAGAACAUUAAGGCGGUUCUGGACACCAUGCAGCACGCCGUCUACCUCUACGACAUCAACCACGUGGUCAUCGACAACCUGCAGUUCAUGAUGGGACAGGAAAAUCUCUCGGUUGACAAGUUUGCCGUCCAGGACCACAUCAUCAGCGCGUUCAGGAAAUUUGCCACCAACUCCAGCUGCCACGUGACGCUCAUCAUUCACCCGCGGAAGGAGGAGGACGACCGGGAACUGCAGACGGCCUCCAUAUUUGGCUCGGCAAAGGCCAGCCAAGAGGCGGACAACGUGCUCAUCCUGCAGGAGAAGAAGCUGGUGACGUGCCCGGGCCGCCGCUCGCUGCAGGUGACCAAGAACCGCUUUGACGGCGACGUGGGGGUCUUCCCGCUGGACUUUAUCAAAGCCUCGCUCACCUUCUCGACGCCCGCCAAAGGCAAACACAAGUUGAGGAAGGUCACCAUCAAGCCCGAGGAAGACGAGGGCGAUGAGGCUCCCUCCAAGAAGGACACCGCCAAACGAGGGAAGGCGGAAAAACAGCAAAGUAAAGCGGCAAAGUCAACACGUGCUGCAACGCCGAGUGAAUGAAUAGGUGACUACGUACUUCGUUACAAUAUGCCAACCCGAUCACGUGACUACUACUGUGACAAUUUACACACUUGACACACCUGCACAUAUUUUGAAUAAAAUGUUUCAUCUUG